ACUUGAACACAAAAGAUCGUUUUUAUUUUCAAGUUUGCGAAGUUAUUAACGAGUAUUGAGUGCUUUGGUUCCAAUUGUUACUUGCGAUUUAAAUUCAAUUUAUAACUGUUUUAACGGAUGCAGCCGCAUCAUUAAAUAGUAGCUCCCAUAAGGAUUUUUCUUACAAUUUGUUCAUCAUCAGUGAUAACUAGACGUACAAAGGAUUAAUCUUAUAUUUCCAUUAGUCCUUCGGCUGGGUUUUUCGAAAAAAAUAUGGAAGUUGAAACCAAAUCUACUGAAAUCAGAUGCCAAGAGAUGUCGAAGGGAGGUCUUGCGUACGAAGUGAUACUCGCCGAACCAGUGGGUGUCCCGGUACCACGCCGGGCUGACUCUCCUGAGAAGACACCAUCAGUUGAAGAGAUCCAAGAGAAACUGAAGGCUGCUGAGGAGAGAAGACGCAGCCUAGAAGCAAGCAAGAUGGCUGUAAUCGCUCAAAAGAUGGCAAAGAUUGAGGAAGCGUCGAAGAUUCGUAGCGAACAGACGAAUAGUUUCAUUUCCGCAACAAAAGAGGCCCUGGACGCGAAGAUGGACUCGCAUGAAGAGAAACGUGAGGCCUACAUCAACGAAUUGCGUGCAAGGCUGAAGGACCACCUUGAGGGUGUCGAGAAGACCAGGCUGACCCUGGAGCAACAGACUUCAGAAGUGUACAAGGCGAUCGAAGAUAAGAUGACCACGGCAGCUGACAAGCGUGACGAGAACAUUAAGAAGAUGCUUGAGCGCCUUCGUGAACAUGAGGAGCAAGUGCGCAAAGUACGUGCUGGAAACCAAGAGCGUUUCCAGCAGCUUGAAAGCGCGAUCCAAGAUAAGCUACAGCAAGCUGCCGACAGGCGUCUUCAGCUUGAAGCCGAGCAAAAAGAGAAGCUGCGUAACCACAACAAUAAACCGGCCGAAGUACGAUCGGUGCUGUCUGCGAAGGUUGAGGAAAUAACAAAGGAUAUAGAAACCAAAUUGACGGCCGCCGAACUCAACAGGGAGAGGGAGAUGCAGAGGAAACUCGAUUUUGUUAAGAAGGAGGAGCGACGUGCUGAGAUGGUUCGACAGAACAAAUCUGCGCGCGCUGAGAGCGAGGCUCCAACCAACUAAACGCAAUUAGUCGCACACGCCGCGGCCAGUCAGUCACAUCGCAGUCGCAGCUACGAUUCACAUGACACGCCAAGACAAACCGAUAUUGCGAAAGCCAUUUAUUUAAUUCACUAAAGUUACCGCUAGAAAGUCAAUUCAAAUUUUUACUUAAACAUACUUGUAAACUCGGGAAAGUCAUGAUGAAAAAUACCAGACAUUUCUAGCAAAAACGCGUACACUGCCUAUGAUUCCAACGAUCUAAGUUACCAUGAAAUUGAAUCAAUAGUACCAGUACGGCGACUGGUAACACCGUGCGGCGUGGGACUAGGAUAUAGCAAUAUCGGUAUUGCAUCAAGUACCCUCGUUAACUCGCUUUAUGUUUUUAAAGUUUAUUUAGGAACUUUCACGUGGCAACUGCUGACACAGGCCUAUUAAAUAAAAUUAUAUAAAAAUAUUAGAUGUGUCAUAUUGGAGCGGUCGUAUAAAGACGUAUUUUAAGAACGUGUCUUCAUAUUAUUCGAAUACAAAAAGCUGGUAGGGUUCUUAUUAAAAGAUAACUAACGCUAGUACGGAACCCGUUGCUUAGCGAGUGUGAACGAGGUGGAAUUUUCUAAUAAUAGUUAAUAAACUUAUAUCAUUAUUUUUAAUUGUACGCAGCAGUAUUGUUAGGAUGAUUAAAUAAAUUUAAGUUUAUUGUCUUUGGCGAUUGAGUGAUUGGGCAUCUGUCGAACUUGACAACGACACAUCAGUGUUGCCCGAUUAUAAUGUCCCAAACACUCAUUUGCCUUUGGGUCACUUUUACACUGUCACUCUAUAGACUGUAAUAAACGUAUUUUGUAUAGGAACGGAUUUGGGGUAUGUCGGAUUGGAUAAGCCCGGUUAAUGCGUUUAAUGGUACAAUAUUUAGCAAGUUUUUUUUUAUGAAAUUUACAAUGCCUACUACAAAAUUAUAGAUAGAAAAAAAACAUGGAUUCCUAUGAAUUUAUUAUUUAUAUUUUAGUAGUACAAAUUCAUUUUUAAAAAUUGGGUCCCAUUUUCUUAUUAUAUAUUGCAAAAAUAUGAUGCGCGAUACAUAAUUUUGUCACUCUUAAAAGGGGAUUUAAUUUGAAAUGUUAUGAAUAUGCUUUAAUUUUUAAUAAGGCUAAAUUUAAUUGUAGACUAUGAUCUCAAGCACAAUGUGAAAGCAAAGUGCCUCGGUAUCGCUAACGUGAGCUGCCUUUAUAUUUUCUUAACGCCGGGCCGGAAUUGAUGGUAAUAUAUCUAUAGGAUAGGAUCGAUAAGGCACAAAUUAUAUCGGUAACCAUAUCUAGUGUCGAUUGAUCGAUGUGGGUAUUCGAAAUUACGCGGGUCGGAAGAUAUUAUAUAUUUUUGCCAUUCGUUUCGAUGUAUUGUAUAUAAUAAGGCGGUAUAGCUUGGGCGGGGCGGGGCGGGGCGGGGCGGUCGCUUGCCAGCUUCCACUCAUAUUACUAACGCUGUUCAAGUAAGGUUAGUUGUAAGUCAGCUUGUUCUCGGGACACGUGACCUUUGACCAAUUUGCCUUGGAUAUUGUGUAGCAUUUUAGACUCGAGAGAUCGGGACAAAUCAUGUAUAGCAAUGCUUAAAUGUUAUUGAUUUUAAUUUUAGUAAUUAGUCCCUCUUAUUAUACGUUUCUUUUAUGUAAUAAUUGUAUGCUUCAGUUCGUGAGGUAUAUGAAAUUGCUGUUUGGAAUGCAGGCAACUUUUGUAGUUUCAUUGUCGUAUUGAAUAAAGUCAUAAAUACUAACAAAUA